AAAUGAAGACUACGUCUUGCUACAUAUGAACACACACGAAGGUCGAAAUGAGAACCAAUGCCGUUUCUGUGAAAAAGAGUUUACUACAAAAAUUAGUACGAUUCGCCACAUGGAAGUACAUUACAAUUCAAAAAAGUAUCAAUGUGAUAAGUGUGGUCUUUGUUUUUCUCAAACAACUGUAUUGUACAAUCACAAAUUACAACAUGAAGCUGAAGAGCAACCACUUCAGUGUGAGAUUUGCUCACAGGUAUUUAAGACUAAGCGGACAUAUCGUCACCAUAUGAUCACACAUCGAGAAGAUCGUCCUCGGUAUAAUUGCGAGUACUGCCCUAAAACUUUUACCGAGAAAUAUACCCUUAAAAUUCAUAAACGAACACAUCCCGAAGCUGUAGAAUCCAGUGAAAUAACACAAUCGCAGCUUCAAAAUUCAUUACAACAUGAUGAAGGACCGUUGUGCGCCUCAGAGAAAAUACAAUCUCAAGAAACCAAGUUCAAUUGCAUUAUAUGUGACCAGGAAUUUACUGUAAAAGAUCAUCUCAAUAAACAUAUGGAGAAAGAGCACGACGUUAUACUCAAGUCUUUAACUAUAAACAGUUUUUCGGAAUUCGAUGUGGUAGCAACGGAUGUCAAAAAGGCUUGUAAUAUAUGUGGACAAUUGUUCAGUGCCCAAGCAAAUUUAGACUACCAUUUAAAAUAUGUCCACGCCAGUUCGCUUUAGUAAUAAUUGUUUUAAAUAACUAAAAAAAACUUUCAAGUGUAAAGGCGGGAUCAUACGAUUGGGCAUUAGACCGAUUUGACUACCAAAUCGCGUGGUUAGAAAAAUGUUAUAGGGAAUUUACAUGAUUCAACUUUCACAGGCGAUUAGUUGAACAAAGAGUUGAACGAAAGUAGGCAGCCGACCAACUUCAUUGAAAGCGAUUAGUUGAAAGGCCGUUUACACCAGGCGAUUGUUGCAUUCAACUAAAAAUCGCCUGAAAAAUCGCCUCAUGUAAAUUCCCUAUUAGACUGUUCCAAUCACGACAAUUUUUUUUUUAUAUUUUCCAAAUUAAUGUGUUGUACCAAUCGGUUGACUGCUAGAAGAACUGUCGCCCAAAUGUAUAUUGCUUGUGCCAAUAGAUCCAAAUUAAAUGUACAAAUGUAUCAAUCGUAUAAACCGGCCUUAAUUCGUAGAUGUAAGACAGUUCUGGAAAUAUGUUCCGGAUGGAUGUAUGUAUAUGCUAACGCAAUAAAGCAAAUCUUUAAAAUUUCUUAUCUAUAGCA